AUGUCCAGCAAGGUCGGAAGGACCUUGGCCAGGGGCCUCGGCAUCGACGUCGAUGCCCGGUACCGCAACGAGCCCACCGAGGCCGUCCAGUCCGCCGCCGCCUCGUUCCGCUCCGUCGAGCAGUACGAGGAGAGAGAGCCUACCGUCGCCGAGUUCCUCCAUGACCACCGGCCUACGGUUCAUGGUGUCGUGAACUACAUCAAGAGCUUGUUCCCCUUUUGGUCCUGGAUCUUUCACUAUAAUGCAACUUGGCUUUUGGGAGACAUUAUUGCUGGUGUCACCGUCGGCUUCGUAGUCAUCCCCCAAGGCAUGGCCUACGCCCUCCUCGCCCAAUUGACCCCCGAGUACGGCCUCUACACCUCAUUCGUCGGCUUCAUCCUCUACUGGGCCUUUGCAACCUCCAAGGACAUCACCAUCGGAACCGUCGCCGUCAUGUCCCAACUCGUCGGCAACAUCGUCCUCCGGGUCAAGGACUCCCACCCGCAAUACGACGGGCCCCAAAUCGCCCAGGCCCUGGCCGUCAUCUCGGGUGCCGUGCUCUUGUUCAUCGGCCUCGUCCGUCUCGGCUGGAUCGUCGAGUUCAUCCCCCUCGUGGCAAUCACCUCCUUCAUGACCGGCGCCGCUAUCAGCAUCGCCGCCGGCCAGGUUCCCGCCCUCCUCGGUCUCCAGGGCGUUAACACGCGCAACGCGACGUACCAGGUCAUCAUUGACUUUUUGAAGGCGCUGCCCACCGCCAGACUCGACGCCGCCAUGGGUCUCACUGCGCUGUUUCUGCUGUACUUUAUCCGCUGGUUCUGCAACUUCCUGUCGGAGAAGCAACCCCACCGCAAGAAGUUUUGGUUCUUCGUGUCGACGCUCCGCAUGGCCUUUGUCAUUCUCCUGUACGUCCUCAUCAGCUGGCUCGUCAACCGCCACGUCAACUGGGAUGCCAAGAAGGCAAAGUUCAAGAUCCUCGGCAAGGUCCCCAGCGGUUUCCAGCACACGGGCGCCCCCAAGAUCGACACCGAGCUUCUGGGUGCCGUGGCGCCCGAUCUGCCCGUCACCAUCAUCGUCCUCAUCAUCGAGCACAUUGCCAUUUCAAAGUCCUUUGGACGAGUAAACAACUACGUCAUCAACCCCUCCCAGGAGCUCGUCGCCGUCGGCUUCACCAACCUUUUCGGACCCUUCCUCGGCGCCUACCCGGCCACAGGCUCCUUCUCCCGAACGGCCAUCAAGUCCAAGGCCGGCGUCCGCACCCCGCUCGCCGGCAUCUUCACCGCCGUCAUUGUGCUCCUGGCCCUGUACGCCCUGACCUCGGUCUUCUUCUACAUCCCCAUGGCCACCCUCGCCGGCCUCAUCAUCCACGCCGUCGGCGACCUCAUCACGCCCCCCAAGGUCGUGUACCAGUUCUGGGAGGUCUCGCCCCUCGAGGUUGUCAUCUUCUUCGCCGGCGUCCUCCUCACCAUCUUCACCACCAUUGAAAACGGCAUCUACCUGACCAUGUGCGCCUCCCUCGCCCUCCUGCUGGUGCGCCUCGCAAAGGCAAAGGGCCACUUCCUCGGCCGCGUCAAGGUCUACCGCGCCACAAAGGACACCGCCGGCGGGGGCGUCCCGUUCCACGACCAGGGCGAGGCCGUUGAGAGUCCUUCCCGCGAGACGUACAUCCCUCUCGAGCAGGACGACGGCUCGAACCCCAGCAUCGACGUGCAGACUCCGUACCCUGGUGUCUUUGUGUACCGGUUCGGCGAGGGCUUCAACUACACCAACCAGGCGCACUACAUGGAUGGCUUGGUCGCAUUUGUGCAGAAGCACGCCAGACGGACAAUCCUUGAUCGCUACGAGAAGCUGGGUGACCGUCCCUGGAACGACCCGGGCCCCCGCCGCGGCGCAAAGAUUGACCUGGACGACACCCGGCCCAUCGUCCGCGCCAUCAUCCUAGACUGCUCGGCCGUCAACAACAUUGACGUCACCUCGAUCCAGGGCCUCAUCGACGUCCGCAACGCGCUGGACCACUACGCCGAGCCCGAGGUGGUCGAGUGGCACUUUGCCAACGUCAACAACCGCUGGACGCGCCGCGCCCUCGCCGCCGCGGGCUUCGGGUUCCCCUCGGUCAAGGACGAGGGCAACUUUGGCCGGUGGAAGCCCAUUUACAGCUUCGCGCCCGUGGACUCUGGGUCUGGCCACGCGCCGCGCGUCACGUCGCAGCGUAGCCGCGAUCAGGAGGAGGAAGCGCAGGAUGUCAUUUCACCGUCGAGCAAGGGUCAUGAUGGUGCUGUUGCGCGGGUUGUGGGACGCGGGGAUGGGACGCUUGCUGCUGUGCAGGGUAUGAAUAGGCCCUUUUUCCAUAUUGAUGUUGCUGCGGCUGUGGAGAGUGCGAUUUUGAAUGCGGAGAGCAAGAGUGAUGGGCAGAGAUCGUCGGCUGAGUCAGUCCUCAAGAGCGGUUAG